ACGGAAGAGGCGUGUGGUUUCACUUUAUUUACAUGUUCACUUGGACAGGCUGGAGGAAGAAGAAGACGAUAUUGAGGAGGAACCCUGCAGGUCUAUCUCCUACAGCUGUGCUUGUGAUGUAACCGGUGUGAGGCUCACUGGGCCCACAUUGCAUCGCUCCUCCCGCACUACCGGGGUCGGAUCCGUCGGUGAGGACGUGGCGUGACGGAAAACCCGGAGAGAGGAGCGCAACGUCAGUCUGCCUGCGCAAACUCAGUGACACGACAGCGGCUCUGCUCUUCCACGUGGACCCCGUCAUUGACCAAAACACUCUCCGUGGCAGGCCUCCGCCGCUGCGCAGUGCAGACCGGUAGAGCAGGGCGGAGCGGGCCAGAGGUGUUCUCCAGAUGUGAACCUUAAAGCGCAGAGCCCACAUUAAAGAGGUUUUACUUUCCAAACAUCAACUAUGCAGACAGGUUUGUUCAUGGAGUCUCACCUGGCCAGGUUGGGCCCAUGUGUCCUGUCCCUGUACCUGUUAAUACACUUGUGCCAGGCUGCACCAGGUCUGCCUGGGUCAGAAAGGGAGGAAUCAGUCGAUGGCCAUCCCUCUUCAGUAACAGUAGCCAAUCCAUUUGGCUCCGGACAAGAGGACCGCAGAUUGCUGCAAAGUUACAUUCAAUCGAGUCUGAAGGAUGGCCAAGGAGAACCAGAAAUCAGCACCUGGGAGCAAGAGGUGUUCUUCCUGUUUCGUCUCUAUGACUACGAUCGCAGUGGGCUGCUGGACGGCUUGGAGAUGAUGAAGCUACUUUCAGACUAUAACUCCUAUCAUACACCUGGAGUAAAGGCCAAUCAGCAGGUGGUGUCUAUGGUAGAUUUUUUACUCCAGAGUCAGGAUUUAAACCAGGACGGCCUGUUGGCCCCAUCCGAGCUGCUGUCUCCUUCAUUACCUCACACACAGGACUCCAACAACAACAAUGCACCUCACCCCGGUCCUGAUGAGGAGAAGGCCGGAGCAGCUGAGCCCAGAGAGGAGGCUCAUAAGGAGUUGCAGCCUCAAGAUGAAGAGCAUCUGGAGAUUAAAACAAAAGAAGAGGAAAUCAUACACCAAGUAGUGGAUGAACAGCAUGGACAACAAAUCCCAGAAGCCCCAGCAGCAGAACAUAUACAGGAUCACAAGGUUCCUGUUCAUCAGGGGCAGCCAGAGAUGUGAACAUAAACGCACACAUUGUGGUCCACAUAAUAAUUUAUCUUGAGUCAGCAAACUGUUGAGUGAGUUAAAAAUACCACUAAGAAGACCACUUAUUCUCCACCACCACAAAUCUGUCUCUUGACUAGAAUUCUGAGAUACUUCUAUCAAGUUCAUUUGACUGUUAGACACUAAGAUGGUUGUUUGAUUAAAAGGUGGAUGUAUUGAAAGUAUUCCUGUUACUUUUAAAACCAUUUUUCUACAACCAGUAACUACUGGACUUAAUUAUGAAUGCCAAGGUUUCUAUAACUGUAAAAGGGACAUAGGUCCUGAAUUCAAAAUGCAAUAUUAUUCAUAUUCGUGAAACAGAAGCCAUCCUUAAUGGAUAAAAGUACAUUUCAAUAUUUUGUUCCCAGCAAGGGAAAUAGUUGAUUAUCUUAUGUUAGAUUUUCUUUUCUUUUCUUUU